GCAAGUGCGCGGGAGCGGGGUGCUGGGGUGAGACCGCGCAGGCGCGGCUGGGGCCGGACAGCGACUCCGGAAUCUCAGCGAGACUCAGUCUGCGUCGCACCCGGAACCGCAGCCAUGGCAGCCUAUAAGCUGGUGCUGAUCCGACACGGAGAGAGCGCUUGGAAUCUGGAGAACCGCUUCAGCGGCUGGUACGACGCCGACUUGAGCCCGGCCGGGCACGAGGAGGCGAAACGGGGCGGGCAGGCUCUGCGAGAUGCUGGCUAUGAGUUUGACAUCUGCUUCACCUCCGUGCAGAAGAGAGCAAUUCGGACUCUCUGGACGGUGCUGGAUGCCAUUGACCAAAUGUGGCUGCCAGUGGUGAGGACUUGGCGCCUCAAUGAGCGGCACUAUGGGGGUCUGACUGGCCUCAACAAAGCAGAAACUGCUGCCAAGCAUGGCGAGGCCCAGGUAAAGAUCUGGAGACGCUCCUAUGAUGUCCCGCCACCUCCGAUGGAACCUGACCAUCCCUUCUACAGCAAUAUCAGUAAGGACCGCAGGUAUGCAGACCUCACCGAAGACCAGCUCCCCUCCUGUGAGAGUCUGAAGGACACCAUUGCCAGAGCUCUGCCCUUCUGGAAUGAAGAAAUCGUUCCCCAGAUCAAGGAGGGGAAACGGGUACUGAUCGCAGCUCACGGCAACAGCCUUCGGGGCAUUGUUAAGCAUCUGGAGGGUCUUUCCGAAGAGGCUAUUAUGGAGCUGAACCUGCCGACAGGUAUUCCCAUGGUCUACGAAUUGGACAAGAACUUGAAGCCCAUCAAGCCCAUGCAGUUCCUGGGGGAUGAAGAGACCGUGCGUAAAGCCAUGGAAGCUGUGGCUGCCCAGGGCAAGGCCAAAAAGUGAAGGCGGGCAGGCAGAAUGCUUUCCCAAGGACGCCCUCCCUGCCCAUUCCGUUCCUCCACAUUGCUUCCCUGCACAUGUCACACUGGCCACAUCUGCAGCAUCGAAAGUUUUAGUUGCAGAUGGGGACCAGUGCCUUCUAGUUUUGUUUAGCCAUUUUGUCUCUUGCACCCACUCUCUUCAUAGAAUCUAGUCAGAAUGGCACUUCUGGGGCAUGGGUCUUCAGUCCCAAGCUAAGGGAAAACUUUUACCCAAGGGUAGAGAGGUAGUAACUCGGGGAUUUUUGCUACUGCUUUAUUACUAAGACCUGCUUGAGUUGGGGAUAGGGAGGAAUCACAUUAAGGUGUGACCGAUGAGAAGCAAGAGAGCCUAUUUGUGUUCCCAGGAGCCAGUCCUGUACUGUUCUGUAGUCAGGUGACUGGGGGCUCCAGUCAGUCCAGUGAAAGAUGAUUGAAACAAUCAUUCCUCUCUGACUGCAGUUGGCUCCAGAAGAUUGGGAUCAAUUUGAACGUUUUGUGUUACAUUUACUUUAAAAAAAAAAAGUAUGUGUAUGUAUAUAUAUAAAAUAAUACAAACCAAAAACCCUUCUGGGGUUUCUAGUGGCGGUUGAAACAUUCCCACAUGCAAUCAUCCCAAAAUAAGCCAUUCCUCACACCAACGUGGGAUAAGCUCCUUGACUUCCGAGGCCUAGGAGUUCGUUCCGCUGGGUGUUUUAGAGCCCCUCCCCGCCUUAAUGUUUUAUGGCAGUGAUUGCCUCUUGAUAAAGUCCAAGUGUGUCUUCCACUGUAUCUGUUUCUGAUCAUGUCCCAGUUGCUUGGUCCUGCCUCUUGGGCCCAGUACUCAUUUUGAGUGUAACUGUACUAAGUCUUUUUUCCAGAUCAGUAUAAUAAAGGAGUGAUGUGCAAUAUCUUCUA